AACACAACAUUCCCUUGUCCACAUUUUAUACUCCCGACACUUUCACUCAAACGCGGGCGUUUGUCGUUGUAAUCUUGCUGCACAACUCGGCAGAACUCAAGAAGAGAUUAUAUGGCAAACACUUAUGGCAUCGGAGUCGCAAGACAUGGCGACGCCGGCGUUGCAACGACUUAUGGUGGCCCUCAAGCGAGUUCGGAACGCCCAUGCUUGACCAGCGAGUAUCCCCCUGUGCACAACAAGUCCAAUGUCUCUUUUUACAAUUCUCAAACGGAUGCGAAUACGCACAAAAACAAUGAUAUCACAGUUGAUAUUCUUACGUCGCGAACACCAUCUCCCACACCCUCGGAAAAAGCGAUGUUGGAAAGGAAGGGAUUUAUUGACUGGAAGAAGAUGAUGAACUGGCGAUUUUGGGUCCGCCGGGAAUGGUUUUGGUACUACGUUAUUUUCGGAAUAAUCCUGAUUAUCACAAUUCUCAUCAGCGUUUAUGACCGUCAAAUCGUGCAUGCGCUUCAACCAACAGCGAACAAGCUCAAAAAGUUACCCGGCGGCUGGCUUAUUCCUGUAGCGAUAUUCUUCAUUAUAUCAUUUCCUCCACUAUUUGGGCACGAAAUCUUAGCCAUUUUAUGCGGUGUCGUGUGGGGCUUGGGGUUAGGCUUUGCAAUCACCGCUCUUGGCACUUUCUUAGGAGAAAUGGGUAACUUUUACGCAUUCAAGUACUGUUGUCGAGCACGAGGUGAAAAGCUCGAGAAGAAAGAUAUUCAAUAUGCCUGUCUGGCGAGGGUCGUCAGGGAGGGCGGGUUUAAAAUUGCAUUGAUUGCAAGAUACAGUGCAAUACCUGGACAUUUCACGACCGCCGUUUUCUCAACCUGUGGAAUGAACAUAUUAGUCUUCGCCCUGGCUGCUGCAUUGUCUUUACCAAAGCAGUUUGUAACGGUGUACAUCGGUGUUAUUAUUGAAGAAAGCGGAACAGGAACGGAGUCGACACGCGACAAGAUAAUCUCGUACUCUGUGAUUGCCGUCACUACGAUUAUCACGAUUGUAGCAAUGAAGUAUUUGUAUAGGAAGAUGGAUGAAGUUAAGGGCGAUGUGAUUUAUCAACGGCGUAAGGCUCGGCAAGCAAAACUUGAGCGCGUCCAUUCUUUCCGCGGUUCCUCGGUCUUCAAUCCUGCAGAAUCAGAUUCUGACCUACCUCUUAAUCCUGGGGAGGAUACAACUUACCAACAAUGGGACUCCCAGGGUAGGGCAUCAGGAAUUGCUGGAGACCCGAAUGUCAAUUAUGGUUUGCAUGCACCAGCACCGCGCCGCCCGUCGACUGCAACGACUUCUCAGACCAUAUCGCCUAUACACUCGCCAGCGCCGCUUCGACAGGAGAGCACUGAUAGUGUUGGAUGGGAC